CAUAGGUAGGAAUUCUUUACCAAUGAACCAUACAUCCAGUCCCAAUCUUCAAGAUAAAAUGGACACAAACAUGUUAUCAGAGCUCCAGAUAGUCUUAGAUUUCAUAUCACUGCUAGAUAAUAUGGGGUGUUUUUCACAUCACACCUGCAUAGCUUUGCUCUUUGCCGUCCACUGUCCCUAAGGAAGUAUUUUAAAAAUAACACAUUUAUUUCUGAGAACCCAAUUCCUCUGGGCUGGGUGCCUCAAAAUGCCUCAAUUCUCAGCCCAUCGUCUGGAAACUUGUGUCAGAUGUGAGCAGGGAGCAAGGGGAUGGUUGUAACCCAGCACGUGAAGUGACUUGGACACGAGUUUUACCUCCGCAAGGCCGAAGGGGUGCAGGUGUCUGCAGGGUGGGCUGUUCUGCGGGAGCCUGGCCUCGCCCGGACAACGCAGCUCCCGUGAGUGCCGCUACCCCGGGCAUGGCGGCACUGCCCGGGCUGCCGAGACAACCGAGCCCAGGAAACUUUGUCCCGCAGCACCCGGCGGUCGGAGCAUGCCCGUGCUCCCAAACGGGACUGCAGGCAGCGCUUACCGCCCAUCGGAGCCGGCCAGGAGCACAACGGAGUGCUUCCCUUUCGGCGGUGCCGAGGAGCAGCCCGGCCUCCAGGGGCAGAACGUGCCGGCAGCUCUGACACUGUCCCGCCAUGGCUCCGGGACUGCCCGUAUCCCUCAGACACGGCCCCCCGCCGCCAUCUUGCUAACGGCACCGCUCCACGGUGCGGGACCGGGCGGUGUGGUGCCCUCUGCCCGCCACGGUGAGGGGCCGGGCGUCGCGGAGCCCCGGCUCGCCAUGGCGGGGCGCCGGGCGCUGUGGAGCUACUCCGUGCAGCUCGUCGCGCUGCCCUCAGCGGCGGGCUGGUCAGGUGGAACGCCGCAGCCGUUCAACGGCUCCUACCGGAGACCUACAGAGCCGCCGCCGUGGAAGGGGUGGAGCGGCACCAUGGAGGAGGAGGAGAAGGAGGAGAAGGGGGACGAGACUCUUCAGGGGCGGCAGCAGCAGCCUAGGAGUUCUCCUGAAAAAGGUAUGGAUAAGAACACAGAUGAAGAGCAGCCUUCAACUGCAUGUAACCAGUACCCUAAGGAAGCAGUGAAGAAACGUCCGAAUUCGGGUCGAGGGUCCGGGGGCAAUGAUUCUUCCAGGACCUUCAGAAAAAGCUUCAGGCUGGACUACAGAUUAGAAGAGGAUGUAACUAAAUCAAAGAGGGGCAAAGAUGGGAGAUUUGUCAACCCAUGGCCAACGUGGAAAUCACCAACCUUACCCAACAUUUUGAAAUGGUCCUUCAUGGAAAAAAAUAACAGCAAUGUGCCACGCUCCAAGCAGGAACUCGACAAAGAACUCCCAGUGUUACAGCCUUACUUUGUUCAAACACCAGAAGAUGCUGGGAAGACAGGAGCCGGUAUGCGAGUCACGUGGCUGGGACAUGCCACAGUUAUGGUGGAAAUGGAUGAACUUGUAUUUCUUACUGACCCGAUCUUCAGCCAGAGAGCUUCCCCUGUUCAGCUCUUGGGUCCCAAGCGCUUCCGAGGGCCCCCGUGCACGGUAGCGCAGCUGCCCAGGAUAGACGCGGUGCUGAUCAGCCACACCCACUACGAUCACCUGGACUACAACAGCGUGGCCAGUCUGAACCAGCGCUUCGGGAGCGAGCUGCGCUGGUUUGUGCCCCUGGGGCUGCUGCAGUGGAUGCAGAGAUGCGGCUGUGAGAAUGUCAUCGAACUGGAUUGGUGGGAGGAGAACUGUGUCCCUGGUCACGAUGCGGUAACUUUUGUCUUCACCCCUUCCCAGCACUGGUGCAAAAGGACUGUGACAGAUGAUAACAAGGUUCUCUGGGGCAGCUGGUCUGUCUUGGGACCUUGGAAUAGGUUUUUCUUUGCAGGAGAUACUGGAUAUUGUUUUGCUUUUGAACAAAUAGGUAAAAGGUUUGGACCUUUUGAUCUUGCAGCCAUCCCCAUUGGAGCUUAUGAGCCAAGGUGGUUUAUGAAAUACCAGCAUGUGGAUCCUGAAGAAGCUGUAAGAAUCCAUAUUGAUGUUCAAGCAAAGAAGUCUGUAGCAAUUCAUUGGGGGACCUUUGCUUUAGCAAAUGAGUAUUACUUGGAUCCUCCAGUUAAAUUGAAUGAAGCUCUUGAAAGAUAUGGCUUGAAAAAAGAUGACUUCUUUCUCUUACACCAUGGAGAAUCACGGAAUUUGAAUACAAACGACCGGUUUGAAAACUGAAACAGUGUCAGUUCCUUGUAAGCCCUGUUUGAUUUGAACUAGCAGUUAAUGUUACAAUACUAACAUAAUGUACAAAAUAGAUUUUUGAGAUUGGAUUUCUAAAUGCCAGGUUUGUCAGUUUCAGAACUAAAGCUUGCAUACCAAUUUCAUGACAAAUUUUACUGGUUAUAUUGUUUAUAAAUUUAGAGAGGUGAUCUAAAAGUGGUUUAUUUAUUAAGUGUUGUCUGGGAAUAACUUGGUGGAUGUACACCACUGAUAAAAAAAAAAAUAAAUUUUUAAACUCUUCAUCUUACCUGCAGCAGCAAUAACAACUUCAGCACAGAACAUAUUCUUAGGAUUAAUGGCUGACUUGAAUUAUUUAUUGUUAGACUGUCAUCUCCCACUUGUUAGUCUUCAGGUUAUGCCCUGUACCUUGAUGUACAAGCUUCAUACAGCUUCACUGUAUGUUUUGUGGGGUGAAGUCUUCCAAUACAGCUGUGUUGUUUAAGCACAAGCAUGGUAAAAUUGUUUCACUCUUUAUUUUCAUGUAUUAAUGAACCACAAAAGCUGAAUUUUACAUCAAAGAAAUGUGCCUUUUAAAGAAAGAGAUAAUUUAAUAUUGCAUCAUGGAUGUGUAAAACUAACUGCUGGCCAGAAUAUCUGCACACUUUUAUUGUUUUGUCUGUUUUUAAGUUAGGUCUGAAUGUGUCAAUUGCAGCACAUGAAAUGGAAAAACCUCUUAAUGUUGCUUGUCCUUGCAUUAACUCAGCCUUUUUCUAAGUACUUUUUCCCCCCCACCCCCAGCAGAAAGUGUUAAGCAAGGGCUGUGGUAUUUUUCUAAUAGCUUCCCUAUAAUUUUAAAGUUGAAUGAGAUUACAACAUUGUUCAGUGUUAUAAGACUUGGCCAAAUGUGUCUGUAUCAAAUUGUCUUGCUAAUUGACAGAAUUAAAGCCUAUUGUUGCCAAUAAAAAGGGUUGUUUUUCUCCUUCAUAAUUUCAUUGGCAAAUCAUGUUUUGUUUAUAAUUUCUUUUGGUCUGUGGGAUAUGUGGGUUGGUUGGGGAUUUUUUUUUUUUUGCUCUUGCUGUACAUUUUAUUUUCAUAUCCCACAAAGACAAAUAUAUAUAAAAAAGACAUUAUUUAAAGGCAUGAACUUCUGGCAACUAAUUAAAACCAGUUAAUGAGAUUUCAUGGUAGGAAGAACUGAGGUAAUCUUUUAACUAUAGACAGUUAUCAAAACUGGUUUCAAAUUACCCUGUUAUUCAGUGUUGGGGGUGUUUCAGAUGAAGUCUCUUGUAUUUACACAACAACUUCAAUCACAACUUGGGUGAUACAAUGUAUAUUACCUGUUUGUAAUUUUGUGGAGGACACCAAGCUGCAAGAAGUUUUGAGUACUUUGAAGGGCAAGUUUAAGAUUAAGGUUGGUUUUGUUGUGGGUUGUUUUCUUUUCCUGUUUUUAUAAUCAUCAAUAGGUUAUUCUGUAAAAUUACGUACUUCAGAAAGAGUGAAACUAAAAUACAGAACACCUAGCUAAGCAGCCACAGAGCAGAGAUCUACUGAGUUACGUGGAUCAGAAGUUAAAUGUCAGUAAUGACAUGUUUUGUUUUGGAUCUGUUAAUUCACAACAUAUGUACCUAGAAUGGUGACCAUUACGUUUUGCUUGGUGCUGAUAAGAUUCCACCAAAGGUGUGAGGUAGGUGAUAAAAAAUGAGACAUCUUUGCAUAAAGGCACAUUGGAAAGUCUUGCAUGAUUUCAGACAUCUCAACAGCGUUGUUCUAUGAAGAAAGCAUUUAAAAAUAGUUCUUUCUAGACCAGAAAAAUAAAACUGAGACAACACUGUAGCAAGUUCUCAUGUAUUUUUAGAAAAGGUCACUUGUUUGUGUCAGCCGUUAAAGCAAUGGAUAAGAGAUCAACUCUAUCAAAAAGUUGAUACUGGAAAAACUUAUUUUUAGGUUGGAGAACAUGGAAAGAGACUUCUAGACAUCUCUGUUAUUGAGCUUAAGAAACCAUGUAUCAGCUAUAUCUAGAACAGACUGGUUCUAAUGUCUUGUCAGGAAAGGAGGGUAUGUAAAUUCUUAGUGUCUGGCCUGGUUUUUACCUUUCUUAGUCAAAUUCAGCAGCAGAAAAUAUUAAAUCUACAAAAAGUUGCAAAACAUUAAGUGAUUGUAAUGUAACUUGCUUAUUACAAACUGUGCAGUGUUUUAGGAGCAGUGGGAAG